AAUUUAAAUGUAAAUGUGUUUUUGUGAACGAGUGUGCGGGACAAGUAAGCAAUGUUGCCAUCAGGCUCGUGCCGCUUUAAAGCUUUGAGUCGCGAGCUUACUGUAUGGAUGAUGCAACUAGAAAGAUCACAAACAUAAGUGAAGCAAUGGAAACUGUCAAGGCAGAGGAUCAUCCUUUGGAUGAAAACAGCACAAAGGAGGAAGAAAUGGGUACAUUGGAUGAUGGAUCAGGAAAACCCAAAAGCAAAAUGUACCAGGGUGAAAUCCUUGAAGGAAAACGGGAGAAAAAAGGAGUCCAGAGACUUUCUGCAACACUAACGAGUAAACCAAAGGAAAAGUUUAAGAUUGAGAGCACAGGACAAGGUGCCAAACUUGGAGAUAUUGCACGGAUUAAUCACUCCAUCGGAAAGCUCAAAGCCCCCCUGCUCAAACCUCUGCAUAAGAUUCUGUAUGAUCGACCUGGAGCAGCAUCAUCACUACGGAAAAAUCUUCGAUUGUUUAAUGGGUUCCCUUUUGAGGCUGACAGUGACCUUUACAACAAAAAGAAGGAAAAGGUGACAAGGCUUCCCAAAUCACUGCUCCGAACCAUCUGUCAGACUCUUGAUCUGGAGAGGAGUGGAACGCAAAUUGUUCUUGUUGAGAGGAUCAUGAACUUUAUUGUAUGUCCAACUAACUCAGGGAAGCCUGUUAUAAAGAAAAAAAAGAGGAAGACAACCAAAGAUGCCAAAAGAGAAAAGAAGUCUUCAUCCAAGAGUAAAAAAACACAAAAAGUAGAAAGUGGGAAGUCCAAAGCUAUUGUCAGUGAUUCCAGCAGUGAUGAUGAUGAUGAUGAUGAUGAUGAAGAGGAGAGAAAAGAGAAAAAUAAGGGCACUGAGAAGUCUGCAUCAGUGAGUCAAAAACAUCAAGACAGUGACAGUAAGUCUUCUGAUAAAGAGGAAGAUGAUGAUGAGGAAGAUGAUGAUGAUGAUGAUGGUGGUAAGGAAGAUCAUAUAGCUCCUGUGAAGGACAGCAAGGAGGAACUAUCUCCUAAGAAGAAAUAUCCCUCCAAGAAGGCCACAAAGAAAUCUGAUGAAAAGUCUGCUCAUUCUGCAUCGGAUGAAGAGAACAGUGAUCAAGACUUAAAAAAGACAAAGAAGCCUGCGGCAAAGCGAAAAGCUCCAGCAAAGCCUGUCCCCAAAACCAAGAAAGCCGACAGCAGUAGCAAUAGGGGGAAAAAGAAAGAAAGCAAGUGCAAAGAUGAAAGUGAUAGUUCUGAUGAUGAUCAGCCAUUGAUCAAGAUAGUUAAAAAGCCACCAACCGAUGACCAGUUGAAGGAGACAAUUCAGGAUCUCCUCAAAGAUGCAAACUUAGAGGAAGUGACAAUGAAGCAGCUCUGCCAACAGGUUUAUGACAAAUAUCCUCACUUUGAUCUUACCAGCAGAAAGGAUUUCAUCAAAGGCACAGUUAAAAGCCUGAUAUCCUGAAGUGAAGUAAAUACCUGAUUUAAAAGGAAGAAAUGUGUGAAGAUUCCUUAUGAAAACUCCCUUUCAUUACACUGUUCACUGUUGUAUUUGUAUUUUGUUACUUUCCACUUUUUAAGUCUUUAAAGCAUGAUUUUAAUUAAUUACAUUUUUAUCUGUCUGUUAACCAAAUAUUACAAAUUUUUUAAAGUGACCCCCCCACACACACAAACACACUCUUUAAAAAAAAAAAAGAUCAUUAUUGAGUGUCUUGGCUGUGGAUUGCAAUUGCAUUCCUGUUGAUGUGGCGUUAGCAAGAUAUUGUGUGCAAUAUAUUUAGAAAGCACCUGCCAAGUAUGUUUUCUCUUGUUUGAUUGGUCUGUCAGCUGUAAGUAGUACUGGGCUACAUUUAUGAGGUAGCAGGAAAGCAACACAUUUAGAAACAAUUUCCCAUUUAGUGUUGUACUUAAUUGAAUAAUUUGGCAUUUUAAUACAAAUUUAUAAAAAGCAUUACCCUUUUUGGUUGACCUUUUCUUAAUCUGUUUCAUAGUUAAUAUCCAUAUGUCUGUUUGUGUAAAUAUAUGCUCUUUUAUGCUAAUUUUUUCUUAUUGUAUUUUAAAUACAACUCAAAGAUCAUAUAUGUUUCAAAUAUGUCAUGUUACUCAUAACCAUGGAUCUGUGUAGGUUCUGUGAUUAGAUGAGAAUCAAGGUUGAUCUGUUGCACUACUGCAAAACUAACCUCAUUAAUUGAAAAAUUGUUAUCAGUCAUUGCUCACAGUGGUAAAGUUUCACAAAACUGUUGUAGCAAACCAAAAACCUAAAUUUGUGUAUUUUGUAAUAAAUUAAACCUGUCUUUAUGUUUUUCCACUGUGUUUUUUUUUUUCCCACAGUAUGCUACAUUCAGGUCCAUAAAUAUUGGGACAUCGACACAAUUAUAAUCUUUUUGGCA